AUGACUUGUUAGUCAGGAAGGUGAAUCAGAUGUUUAUUAGAUAGAUGAUUUGGAAUAUUGUAAAUGAGAUUUAUUUACAGACACUACAAAUAUUAUUAUUCGAUGUCGGAAAUGCUAUCUGUUGGGACCAAAGUAUAUUAGUUUUAUAGAAAUUCAAUGCCGGUAUUUCAACUUAGGUGCAUGUUAUUUGCUUCCUAUAGCUAGUUUAAUCUUUUAAACCAUGUUAAGUGAAGAUUUGAAAAGCAUAAUAUGUGAAUAUGUGCACCAUUGUGAAGGAAGUUUUGUGUUUACAGAAAGGGUGAAAAAUUGAAAGACCGCAAAUAAUAUAAACGCGACUCCGUAUUGAGGCGUGAAGAAAGUUCAUAAAAGUGGAAUUUAAAGAUCGAGGGUGAUUGGCGAUUCGUAUGCACAUUACCCCGAAUUGUUUGGGUACACUUGUGAUUUUGUUGGAAUUUGAAGUGUUUAAAGAGACAGGAACGAUGUUUAAGACGAACGCGACCCGAUAACAUACGGGAAUGACUCAAUUAACGACCCCAUAAUCUGUCAAUAAUAACAAUCAUAGAAUCCCAAGACUUCGCCGGCCUCGUAACACAUUACCUAUGGCAAACAUUAGGUGUUGUGUAAAUAUGUCCAGCAGAUAAAAAAUGGUGUUUGACAACUGCACCGUUAAAAUGUGAUGCUGUAAUUCCUGUUUGAUGUGUUGGGAACAAUACUAUACCAUUAGUAUUAGCGCAAGAAUUAUGGACGGUAUGCCGAACAAGGAUGUAAAAAUAGUUCUUGAAUAAAAUCCCAUGUAACACGAUGAAUCAUAAAACGAGGAAUAAUGACCCGAACUUUAAUCUGUCUACUACCACCAUUCCGUCCUACAACGAAUUCGAACCCGGUCCAAGACACGCCAGUUCCCCUCUGACACCGGAAUCACCCAAACAGUUCCUAAACCAUGUAGAUCGUGGAGUGUACGUCAUCAAAGACCUGUCCCAAGAUCCUGGGCCUCUAGAAGAAAGACUGCCAUUUCAAACCCCUAAGCGUCCACAAGAUAUUACUUUCACAACACCUGACAGUGGUAGGCUAACAACUCCCGUACAGGAACAUGGACAGCUGGAAUCGCCCCAUCUGUUUCUUAGUCCGGUGGACAAAGGCGUCUACAUCAUUAAUUCUACUUUAGGUUCCUCUCAGACAUCAAUUCCACAAAUCCACGACUCAAACCACGUCACCAGAAAUGAUUCUCACGGAGGUGAGACUUCCAACGAAAAAUUCCCAAUGGCGAAUAAAAACGAGACUCCCUACACAGAGAGGAAACCCCCAGACAGGCGACAGGUGUUCGGUGUUGACGAGAACAAGGAGCGGGGCAACUGGACGGGGCGACUGGACUUCCUCCUGUCGAUGUUAGGGUACUGUGUGGGGUUAGGCAACAUUUGGAGGUUUCCCUAUCUCUGUUACAGGAACGGGGGAGGAGCUUUCCUUCUGCCCUUUGUGAUUAUGAUGCUUUUGAUAGGAAUUCCGCUCUUCUAUCUGGAGGCAGCUUUGGGACAGUUCUGUAGUCGCGGACCUACCACCUGCUGGGAGUUUGCUCCCUUAUUCAAAGGUUUGGGUAUAGCGAUGGUGAUUGUGUCUGGGCUCACCAGUAUUUACUACAACGUAUUAAUCACGUGGGCGGUGCUAUAUUUCUUCUCGUCCUUCACCAGUGAUCUCCCCUGGAGCAAUUGUGAUAAUAAAUGGAAUACUAAAGAUUGUAGUCUUAAAUUACCAAGAAUCAACUGUGUAGGAAGUUAUCAAAAGUUUCCAAACGGCACGUGCUAUUCCAAAAAUGUCUUCCAAGGAAUCUGGAACGAAACAGUUUUUAAGAACGUGACCGGAAGAAGGCGCGUGUCUCCUACAGAGGAGUAUUGGAAUAACGAAUUCCUGAGUAUUAGUAGUGGUAUUGACAAUCUCGGAGAACCCAAGUACGAGCUGGCCCUGGGGCUGUUAUUUGCCUGGAUAUUAUGUUUUCUGUGUCUUAUGAAAGGCAUCAAAACCACGGGAAAGGUGGUUUAUGUGACAGCAAUCUUUCCGUACAUAGUGCUCAUUAUUUUAUUUUUCCGCGGGAUAACCCUGAAAGGAGCGGGGACCGGGAUUUACUUUUAUAUUGUGCCAAAUUUUGAACGCCUCCUUGACGCAAAGGUCUGGCGAGAUGCAGCUGUUCAGAUAUUUUACUCCAUGGGCCCCGGGUGGGGAGGCCUGAUAGCCUUAGCGAGUUACAAUCGAUUUCACAACAAUGUGUUCAGGGACUCUCUCGUGGUGUCCCUUGGAGACUGCCUGACCAGUAUAUUUGGCGGAUUCGUCAUCUUCUCUUUCCUGGGGUACAUGGCCAACAAGAUGAACGUGGACGUGCAAGACGUGGUCACUAACGGGGCGGGCCUGGCGUUCGUGGUGUACCCCGAGGCCGUGACGAGUCUCCCACUGCCCACUCUCUGGUCCAUUCUCUUCUUCCUCAUGCUCAUCACACUCGGGAUAGACAGUCAGUUCGCUAUGUUGGAGAGUGUCCUGACUGGAAUAGUGGACUAUUUCCCAUACCUACGUCCAAAGAAAACCUUCGUCAUCCUGGUCAUCUCAAUAAUCAUGUAUAUACUGGGGUUACCAAUGACCACACCGGGUGGAAUGUACAUCCUCCAGCUGAUGGACCACUACGUAGCUUCCUGGUCCCUCCUCCUCAUAGGUCUGGUAGAAAUCCUAGUCAUCAGCUACAUCUAUGGAAUCAAUCGUUACUUAAAAGAUAUUGGAAUAAUGAUCGGGAGGCCGCCUUAUAUGUGCUGGAAAAUUUGCUGGAUGUUCGUCAGUCCAAUUAUUAUCUGUAUCAUAUUGCUGUUUGCUUGGAUCGACUAUUCCCCGGUCCAGUACGGUAGCUAUUCCUAUCCGGAAUGGGCCGAGGCGUUGGGAUGGCUGAUGUCGUUUGUCUCCGUGAUAUUCAUUCCUAUUGCGAUGUUGUAUAAAAUCAACAAAGAGGAUGACGCAAAGGGGCUGUGGGAGAAAACCAAACUUCUGUGUACGCCGAGCCGGGAGUGGGGGCCGGCCUUGGUCCGUCAUAGACAGCUGGUAGAUUACGUGGAGGGGUUCGUAGUGGACCCCUCGCAAGAGAGUGGGGGACACCAGUACGUCAACUACGGUUAUGACGCAUCCUUGGCGAGUCAUUCCACUCCCGAUGUAUCCCGGCAUUCCUGGGCUUCCGGUCACACGCAAACUUCCCAUGUUUCUUACGAAUCAGCUGUCUGAACCAGAUCUGCCUUAUCGUUGAUGUUACAUGUAUCAACAGUCCCAACGUACAAUGUGGAAUAUAUAUUUGUGCAAUAUACAAUGUACUUUUAACAUCUAAUCAAAACUCCCAUUUUUAUUAUACUCAUUAAAUCCAUUAUUGACCACACAGCGGUCUGUAUCUACUCGUUUGCCUAUAUACAGUACAAACUGACUUUGGGUUGUAUUAUUAAUGUCAUUCUUGUACAGUCUCUAUGUAUGCGAUCUGUAGUACUUACUUUGUACAAUAUUUUGAUGUCUUUUUACACAAACAUUAUACAUUUUAUACAAUAAAAUGAGUCUAGUUCUAUAAA